UUGAACGCUGGGCUAAAUCGCCAGACGGCUGAUUUCUUCUCAAGCCGGGCCGGGCCCACACAGAAGCAACCAUGUCUAAGGGACCUGCAGUUGGCAUUGAUCUUGGCACCACCUACUCUUGCGUGGGUGUCUUCCAGCAUGGGAAAGUGGAAAUAAUUGCCAAUGAUCAGGGAAACCGAACCACCCCAAGUUACGUCGCCUUCACGGACACCAAACGAUUGAUCGGUGAUGCUGCGAAGAAUCAAGUUGCGAUGAACCCCACCAACACAGUUUUUGAUGCCAAACGCCUAAUUGGACGUAGAUUUGAUGAUGCUGUUGUCCAAUCUGAUAUGAAGCAUUGGCCUUUUAUGGUGGUGAAUGAUGCUGGCAGGCCCAAGGUCCAAGUAGAAUACAAGGGAGAGACAAAAAGUUUCUAUCCAGAGGAGGUGUCCUCUAUGGUUUUGACGAAGAUGAAGGAAAUUGCAGAGGCCUACCUUGGAAAGACUGUUACCAAUGCAGUUGUCACGGUACCUGCAUACUUCAAUGACUCUCAGCGUCAGGCUACCAAAGAUGCUGGAACUAUUGCUGGUCUCAAUGUACUUCAAAUCAUCAACAAGCCAACUGCUGCUGCUAUUGCUUAUGGCUUAGACAAGAAGGUUGGUGCUGAAAGGAAUGUGCUGAUCUUUGACUUAGGAGGUGGCACUUUCGAUGUGUCCAUCCUUACUAUUGAAGAUGGGAUCUUUGAGGUUAAAUCCACAGCCAGAGACACCCACUUAGGUGGAGAAGACUUCGACAACAGGAUGGUCAACCAUUUUAUUGCAGAGUUCAAGCGCAAACAUAAGAAGGACAUCAGUGAAAACAAGAGGGCAGUUCGUCGUCUCCGUACUGCUUGUGAACGUGCUAAGCGUACACUUUCUUCCAGCACACAGGCCAGUAUUGAGAUUGAUUCUCUAUACGAAGGAAUCGACUUCUAUACCUCUAUUACUCGUGCCCGGUUUGAAGAAUUAAAUGCUGAUCUGUUCCGUGGCACCCUGGACCCUGUAGAGAAAGCCCUUCGGGAUGCCAAACUAGACAAGUCUCAGAUCCACAACCAGACUGCAGAGAAGGAAGAAUUUGAACACCAGCAGAAAGAGCUGGAGAAAGUCUGCAAUCCUAUCAUUACCAAACUGUACCAGAGUGCAGGGGGCAUGCCAGGAGGAAUGCCUGGAGGCUUCCCUGGUGGUGGAGCUCCUCCCUCUGGUGGUGCCUCCUCUGGACCCACCAUCGAAGAGGUUGAUUAA